UUUUUGGCCAAGUGGGCAUGACAUCAUCCACGAUAGAUGUCGUGACCUUGUUGUCGGCGUGUGUGGACUUGGGUGCGUUCGCAGGCCAAGUCAUCCGAGACGUCGUCGCAUCCGGAGAAUCUCUGCAGACUGUCAACAAGGCGGACACCGCCGCGGUGUCAUUCGAUCCACAAACGAUUGCAGACACGCGAGCCCAACAGCGCAUCGUCGAGUCUCUUCGCCGCCACUUUGGCCCUGACCUGAUCAUCGUGGGCGAAGAAGGGAACCUGGACGCCCCGGCAGAGGACGACGUGAUGGUACCUUGUACAACCUUACUAACCCACGACCCGUUCCCAGUCGAGUUGGCCGACGUGGUCGUGUGGGUGGAUCCUCUCGAUGGCACGCGAAAGUUUACCGAAAAACAGUACGAUCACGUGUCAGUGCUGCUGGGCAUCUCGUACCGUGGCCGCCCCAUUGCAGGCGUGAUGCACCAGCCGUUUGUGGGACAAGCUGGCGGCGGCACCACAUACUACGGUGGGUCUGCUGUCGGCGGUAUCUUCAAGUGUGUGUCGCCUUCCAUCCACGACCACCAUCCUUCCUUUGACCGCGUGGUAUUUCCCAGUGAAAACCGCUCCAAAACCAGUAUCGCCCCCAUUGUCGGGUACUCAGAAACCCCCUGCCGCCAUCUUCAUGCGAUCCUGCCCUUGCUAAAUAUGCCAAGUCUAUCCAAAGGCUCUACGGGCAUCCUGCUGCUGGACGUUGCGCUCGGCCGUAUCGACGUGUACCUUCGGCAUGCGGACCGCACCAAGCGGUGGGACUCGUGCGUCGGCGAAGCUUUUUUAAACGUGCGCGGCGGCAUCUUGACUGACCGGCACGGCCGACUGUACUCGUAUGAAGCAACCACAGACCCGGCAAACUCGACGGGAGUGGUGGCGUGCGUGGAUAAGAUCUUGCAUGCUCAAGUCGUGGCACAAAUAGCCUCGUACACUGCGAAUGCAUUGAACUAAGUAGAUUUCACAGACAACACAAUCGUCGUCCGAGUUGUAGAGGAUAUGCACCAUAUAAUCAAAUCAGGACGAUUCUGUAA